GAACGCUUCGCCGUUGUCGUUUUGUUUUACAAAAACCGUGAAGUAAACCUUGUAAAUGCCGUUUGACUUGAGCGUUUCCCGUUCUCCGCCUUCAACCAUGCACAACCCGCUUACACGAGAUACCUUUGGAGGCGUUUGAACGACAAUGUGUGGCAAGAAAUCGGCCCUUGUCCUGUACCCGUGGACCAAACUCACGGGUCUAUUGAAAAAACACAUUUCGCAAAACACUUUAGUUGUGUCGAUUUCAUUGGGCAUUACAGUUAGCACAGCUCUUUUAAUAGUCUUAGGAAAUUAUUGGAAAAGAAGAAAAUAUCCUAAACAUUCAGCUCCCGUGAUCAAACACAUGAAUUACGAACGAAGAAAACCUAACGUCGACAUACCCUCAGUAUCCAGCUUUAGGAUUUUCAGAACUAGUCAUAGAUCACUCAGUCCAAGCAUUAAAUCGGCUAAUCGACAAACGUCUGUAGUGUCAUCAGUCCAAGAUUCGCCACAAGCUAAAACUGACAUUAAAUACACUGCCCCUCAACAGCUUGGCGUCAUGGGUAUGGAGUCUUUAGCUUGCAGUAUAUCUUUUUGGGAAGAUGCGCUACUGUCAUUUUCCGGUGCUUCUGGCAAUUCAUCAAACAGACUUAUGUCUACCGAAGACACCCAAUUUUAUAAAGAACUCCAGCUCUUAGUUGAUUCAGCAUAUUCUCUACAAGAUCAGUGUCAAUUACUAUUCCUCGACCAAAGAUCAGUAUUAUUUCGUGUUCAUCAUAAUGGAAAUGACGAGGACACUCUUCACCCUGACGAUCGUCGUUCUUCUGUUGAUAGUUUUGUAUCUGCUCGCACGGACGUUGCAAAUCUAAGAGAAUUUGAAGAAUUAAGUUUCGAUAAUUACUAUCUGUAUCAAAACGCCAUUAAAUACGUUGAGAACGAGGGUGUUUCAUGCAGGAGUUUUCGCACGACGUUAGUGAACUGUGUAUCGGACCGAGAAUAUGUUUGCAAGCUCUACUGUAUUCGCUUAGCAUUCGAACAUUUAUUUAAGACUGAAAGUAGUUCAACAUGGUUUGCCGACUGUGGACGGCGCAUACUAACUGAUAUAUUUUUAUUUGCCGAAAAAGAUCCUAAAGAUUUCCUUUUGGCCUACGAAGAAAUGUUGUGCUGGGCGAAAACUGACGUGCAUUGGAAAGAAGCUGAGCUUGAAUUGUCUGUGAGAGGCGUAAAAAAAAUGACAUUUUAUGAUAUUGUAAUGGAUUAUAUUUUAAUGGAUGCGUUUGAAGACCUUGAAUCGCCUCCAGCAUCCAUGGUGGCCGUCAUACAAAAUCGGUGGUUGUCAAAAGGGUUCAAAGAGACUGCAUUGGCGUCCGCAGUGUGGUCAGUGUUACGGGUCAAAAGAAGUAAAUUAAAAUUUCCCAAUGGAUUUAUGCAUCACUUUUAUAAUAUUUCUGAGCAAAUGUCACCGCUGCUGGCGUGGGGUUUUCUGGGACCCGACGAAGAACUGAACAGAGUAUGCUUAUAUUUCAAGGAACAAGUUAUAGAACUGAUGCGAGAUAUUUUCUGUUUUGAAAAAUGCCGCUAUACGACCACAGAAGAUUUGUCUCACGAUUUAUUCGAACAGUUCAAGUUCCGUGCCGAAAACAUCAAUAGAAUGAUCGAAAUGAAAUGUAAUUUGGACAUUAAAAAAUAACGUCCAUUAUUGUUGUAUUGUGAGGGAUCUUACUUAAGUUACCGCUAAACGUAGCAUAAUUUUUAUAAUGUUACAUUGGUAUCUUUACGCCUUAA